AUGGCAAAUGCCGGCUCAUCGACGUUCAAUCCAAACGAUGCGCGAUACAAGGCAUGUUGUUGCCAUACGAAAACAUUCACUAUAGUUGUCGGGAUCCUCGAAAUAUUCGCAAUUUGUUUUGUUUUGGUUGCUGUUCUACCUGACGUCAACUCGAGGUUAUGCGAAUUCACCUCACAGAACUCAAGUGAAGAAGGAAAAACUGCCGUUCAUUACGGAGUAGUUAUAGUGCAGUUACGACAACUAAUGUGCGAUCUAAGUAUUGUUUGGUUAAUUUGGGCGAUUGCACAAAUUGUUGGAAUCAAUCUCGUCUUCUAUGGAAUUAAGAAUAUUCGCUGGAAAUUCUUUGUGCCACACUUAAUAUUAAGAGUUCUUGGCACCGGUGUUCUCGGAUGUUUGAUCGCUAUCCUGAUUUUUUCCACAAUUAGUGAAGAGAAUAACACGGCACACAUCAUUGGCUUAGCAUUUGUCGUGGUUCUAAUGAUCUUCUGGAUUUAUUCUACGGUUACCGAGUUUUGGUGUGCUCAUUUCGUGAAACGUUCUCAAGAGACCGGAUUCUCAAUAUCGGUUGCACGACCUAUAGGACCGGCUACCAUAUCUCUCAGCGAAAGGGAGGCCCCGGCAUCUCCACCUGCACGACAACUCCCUCCUCUACGUCAUACAUAUGGAGGAAGAAGAGAUCCACAAAAAUACGCUCAAUAG